AUUUGAUAUUACUAUUAUGUGAUACAAUUUUAAAACGUUUCACCUUAAAUUGAUUGAAGGUAGGAAGUGUUAGCAGCGAUAAAAAUCAAUAUGCCGGCGAACGCGGUCUCUCAUCAUAGCGAGAUACAGAGUCGGAGAAGGUAAACUCUAUUUUGCUCAGUUUCACCGUAGGCUAUUGUUUUACUGGAUUGUUUUGAAAAACACAAAAAGACAUUAUUGGAGCUUGGGUGGAAGAUUAGGGAAAAGACGCUAGUUUUUGUUCCUUCAUAAAUAAACGCUAUGGAGAAUGUGAAUUGAAGUGGAACGAAAUUUUUAGAGUGAUUGCUGGUUUUCUUAACAAUCGGUGAAACACAACUCGUUUCUUUUACUUGCUUGAUAAAGGACACACUGUUUUACCAGCGUAUUAUGAUAUUUUGAUUUAAUCAGUUAUUGGGGAUUUUAUAUAAGAGUAAUUUACUUGAUGUACGUUAGAUUGUGACAGAAACGUUUGUUUGCUUACUGUGAUUAGUGUCUGUAUUUAUAUUUUUCCAUCGCGCACGUGCUAAAAACGCGAACUGCGGGGAAUGUGUUUAGGACUGGCAUACUCUCACAACCCGUUAAUAACGCCAGAUAGGAGAUGUUAAUGUAAUUACAAGGAUACCAAGUUAACAGUGUCAGAUUCUUUUCUCCAGGAGUGUUUAAUAUUUAAUAGUGUUACAUUUGCAUACUUUUUCACCACUUUGCCAUUGUUUCGAUGCUUGCCAGAAACAAAGGCGAAUACUCAUUUUUGAUGUAGUGCUUACGAAACCGUAAAAUGACACCUAUAUGAUUCAUGAAAAAAAUUGUUGAAGUUUCAAAUAUUACAACUUCCCUGUUCCAAUUUACGGUCCACUUGUACGAUGACCGCCAUCUGUCGGUGUAAUUAACCUUCGGAGCUGGGACAGAAGUUGACACCGUCUUCAUCUUUCCAAGGACUUUAAACCCUUUGUCGUUGACGGAGGAUUUUAUUUUAUCACAUCAAACACCUGACCUACGACUGAUAUGAGUCUCACGGGGAAGAUUGAGUUUGGGACAAACACUGGACAGACCUCGUCAAAAUGUUCUAAGAGCACCACGUAUUGCCCGUCAGGUCACUACUAUGAGACCUGUCCUCAGGAUAGAGGUGCCCGCUGUGUCCAGUGCGACUCCAAGUCCUAUCAGCCAGACAGAAAUGGACCACUGGACAAAUGUAAAGCGAAGACCACAUGUGACCGACCAAACAUGCAGUAUGCUGAUCAGGGAAGUGCACUCCGGGACGCGAAAUGUCGAUGUGCACCGGGAUAUCACUUCCUGAAUACAGACCACACACAUUGUGUCCCAAACAGCGUGUGUCCAGUUGGCUGGGGGCAAACAGAUUAUGGACAAUGUGAAGAUUGUCACAAACGCAAUAUGUACUCAGACAAGGCCGAUAAGGUUCAAAGAUGUCAAGUGCUUCGAAACUGUGAGAAGGAGAAUCGUUGUACUAAACGGAGAAGUAACGGGACUUUCAAUAAUGAAUGUGAUCAACCAACAAAAGAUAUAUCUAAUUGCACAAACCCAGGACCUGCGACUGGUUCACAGAGGGCGCUACAGUCGUCAGCAUCAGCUCCCUUAUACGCAGGUGCAGCAGUCGGUGCCAUCAUUUUCCUUGUCUUGAUCUUCUUCCUUGUUAUGUUCUUGCUUUGGAAACGACGUCGUGCGCAGUCGAAGGACGACGCACUUUCCAAGGACCAGAUAGAAAGCCUUUUGGAAAGAAUAGUAACCCGGUCAGAGGGUGACGAGUCGUACAGUAGAAAAGUUAUUGCCGCCUCCUUCCGCGAGAUCGAAGAUCGAAUAGACCGUCAGAUCUGGAAGCUCCCUCAAGAGUUAUUUAGGGAACACAUGCAGCCCGCAAUGUACGAGGUCAUUGUUGAAAAAUACAAAGACAAAGACCACAAGUAUGCCAUCAAUGGGUACCUUCAGGAUUGGCGGGAAUGGAAGGGAGAGAACUCGGAGGCCAUCAGUCACCUCUUUAAAUGUCUCAGGCUGGUGGAGAGGGAGGACAUUGUGUAUGAAAUCUGCAAUAAAUUUAGAGAAGGGUACCCUGAGGUUGUCAUGGACGCUGAAGUCAAGCUGGACAACGGAAUCGUCAAGAAAAGAAGUCAAAAAAUCACCUUUAAAGAGUAUCUUAAAGAAACACUAUGUUGCUGUCCAUCAAAUCGUAAACGUUAUACAGAGAAGGAUGAGCCUAAGGAAACACAAGAUUCCUUACUAGACGCAAAAACAAAGGAAGCGGAAAUAAGCGAAAAAGAGAAGCUGGAAGAACCCGAUGACGUCCCGCCGCUAUCCCCCUCAGAAGCCGGUGCUAUUUAUAGAGAACGACCAAGCCCCAGUGCCCCUGUCAUCGAUGAUGCAGGAAAUGUGCAUGUCAUUAUUCCCAUGAACAGAGCUUAUUCAUUUCCGGUUCAAGCAAGCUCAUGAUUACAUUGUAUGAAAUAUAGACAACGUGCAAUUUACAGCAUCAAAUGCUUUAAUGUGCAAUGAUCACUGCAUUCCGAGUUCAAUAGGAAUACACAGGUGUUCAUAGUGGUGAAAUAAUAUGGAUUUUGAAAACAUUAGUUGGGCGCAUUAUGUCUUUCAUUGAAAAUGAGAGCAGCCCUUCUUCUCGAAAGUUCGAAUAGACUUUCUGAUAAGAAUAAACUGUACAGUACAUUUUAUACGUAUAAUUCGACAUUGCGUUCUGUGAAUUAACUUUCAUCAAGUGAUUUUUCAUGUAAAUGUAGUUGCUUUUAAGUUGUUGUGUGGAUGGCUUUAUCUUUAUCUUACACUGACAACGAGACUGAGUGUAUGACGUCAUCAGAGUCUAUGAGUAUUCAAACAAAUCGACUUCUUUAACUACAUGUAGCUUGUGUCAUUUAAUCAUGGCGAGAUGGCUUUUCGACAUCGAUGCUUGGGUAUGAUUAUUAUCAAAAUUAUUCUUGAUAAGAAACUUAAUUAUGGUAAUAAUCGUAUUAUAUUCUGGUGUGGAAUUAUAAAUGAUGAACGGUGCACGCCAUUUUAUUGCCAUAGUAACGAUUUAUCAGCAACUGAUACGAAGCUAUUUACUUCAUGGUGUCUCAUUAAGUUGUGUUAAAAUCUUAAUCAAAGCUUUGUCAUCGGGUUAUCUAUUACAAUUUACAUCAAUAAAGUACGGAAGCUCACGUCAAAUUCAUCUAAAACGGCAUCAAUGCCACCCUUAUAGCUUAAGAUAACAGCCAAAUGGAAAUAUAAAUGUGAUGAUAUGAAAUAUUUUGAUACCAGUAUCAAGUGCAUCGAUUUCAAAAUAUGUUUUUUUAUCAAUUGUCGAAGCUAUCAGAACAGUUUUCCAUGCAUUCAUCUAAAAUUAUUGAACACGAAUAGACAAUAUUAUGUUACUUAUAAAUGCUUGUCACAUUCGCUGUUGUGAGUUAGUGCUCCUCGGUAUAUGAAAGAAAGCAAUUUACAAUAUGUUCAAUUUAUUUACUGAUGUAUAUGUUUUUUAUUUAUAUAAUCAAAGGCAUUUAUUGAAUAAAUUCUAAUAGCGAAAUAAAAUGUAUUUUGAUAUGCUAA